AUGACCUCUCCCAGCUCCGAUACCCAAAAAAUACCGCCUCAACCCCAAGCUCUUCGCGAUUCUUUUGUCACUCCUUCUGUGGGUGGUCUGCUUGACGACGGGUCUGACGUGCAAGAGCUAGCACAAAUGUCGCUUGCAAAUAGACGACAAGGCUUUAUUGGUAAGCGCAGGCAAAGAAAAGUGGUCGCAAGUAGCGGGGACGAAGACGACGUUCUCGUGCACAAUCCAAGUUCUAAACGACAGAUCGUCACUGCUCGUGCAGCCUACUCUUCCAAGGCAUCUCGACUUGAUGUCACUCACCGAGCUUCCUCUUCUCACAGUUCCACCUCUUUCAACAAGCGCCGCUCUGGACAGUUUGACGACCUUCUCUUCUCUGCCGAUGAGCGACAUGCUUCCCCUGUUCCCCCCACGGCAAAUUCCCGUUCCCGAGUACGGAAAGCCAUUGCUCCAUCCACUCAGGCAGCACUGAACGGCUUGAAGGAAAGACGCGCUCGCCGUGGCCCGCGCACGCCUACUCGGUCUUCCGACUUCCCGGACGAUCGUCCUGGACGCCUCGUCAUUGUCAGCGAUAACGAGCGCAGUCUUUCCCCUCCACGCACAUCCAGGCGUCGUAGAUCGAGCGGUAGAGCCAAGCCCGCUACACAAGUUCACUUAGACCCAGACGACGAGUCCACGCGCGAAGCAGAGACGGAAGAAGAAGAAGACAUGUUAGAGGGCCUCAAGUUGGACAAUCCCGAAGACUAUCGAGUGGAAGGCCGACUCAGAUUGGGGGUCAUAGAGGUUUCGAGCUCUUCAGAAGGGGGCGGGGAAGAGUCAGACUCGGCAGAGGAGUAUUUCGGUGAUGACCUGCUCCCGGAUGGAACCGUCCGCGACCCCUUUCGCACAGAGGAGGAUGAAAUGCGCGACUUUAUCACAGAUGAUGGUCACGAUUCAGCAAGCUACGAACUUCCUGCUGAAUUUGCCGGCGCCCGCGGUCAGUCCGAAGACACCAGAUUCCGCAUCGUUUUCCAAUACUUUCUCUACUUGGCCAUGCACGGCCCGGAGCGCGCCAGAAACUUGCCAGAGAGAGAAAAAGCGUACUUUGAGCCUUUUUUAUCCUCUAUGAGGACAAGGAUGACCGACUACCGAAACAACAGAGUACGAAGUCAGGCGUGGAGGCAAGAGUUUGUUCAUAAGCUCUUAAAGUAUCCAUACUUCUGUGCUCAAUUCGUCAAACCUGAACCUGGCUGUGACGCAUGCAACUUGAGUGGAAGGAUCAGUAGCUUUGCCAUGUCACUUGAAGGGCGACCCUAUGACUCCGUCACUUUCGAGUAUGUGACCGAUUCUGACGACGACUCGGAAUCAUCCAAUGCCGAGGAAGAUGACGAGUGGGACGAGCUUGAAAAGCUUCGAGGGACAAACAAGGGAAAAGACAGUCCUCAAGGAAAGAUAGCAAGGGAGAAGUCUCAGAUGAUGGAGCACCUUCGUGUGGACUAUGAGUGGUUGGAACAUGGUGAGGGGAUGGAUAAUGGCGAGGCAGGCGAAGCUGAGGAGGUCGAGCAAAGGAAUGUGGACUCGUAUAUCAUCGGUAAAUACUGCAAACGUCGAGCCCAGAUAUUUCACAGGAUCUCCCAUUGGGAAUUCAUCCUUUUCCACCGUAUCAAACAGCUCUACACCGACCUCCUCACCCGUAUGGGCUAUAAAGUCCCCGGUUCCCUUUCUGAAGACAGAGCCAAGAAAUAUGCAGCCGAACAUGACGACUACUAUCUGGGCAGGAGGAACACUCGGCAAAGGACGAUGGCCGAUAGGGCGGCUGUCUUGAGAGGGAGCGAUUUCCCAGAGGAUUGUGAGGACUUGGAGAGUGUUCUCCAGUGGAUGAUUGGCGAGCGCUAUGUUUCGGAGCAACAAGAAUGGAUUGAGAACCUGAUCGAGAGGGCAGAAAACUUAGAUAAGAUACCCUCGGAUCGGUGA